UCGCUCACGCUCGUUCGCGUUGUUCAUUGUUUUUUUGACGAAUCGGUUACAAUUUUCAAUUUUACGGAAAAAUUGAACAACGGACCUGUGCUGAAAGGAUUAAACCACUUUUGAAAAAAAUUGGAAAAUAAUUUUUAAAAAAAUAAAAUAAAAACGGAGUGAACUAAAAAAAGAAAUUAAUUAAAGGAAAUUUCUAGAAACAGGUUCAAAACAAAAAUUGCCUCAAAAUAAAAUAAAUCAGAUUCUUGCUCUCUAUGAUGGCCUUUCAUUUUACCAAUAAAAAAGCAUUUGUGAAAAAAUUAAAAUUUAAAUAAACUAAAAAAAAGUAUUUUUUAUAAAAAAAAAAAAGUUAAAAUUGUGACAAAAAUGAAGUGGACAAGUACAACGAACAUUCUAACGAAUGGCAGUUCAGGAAUUUCGAAUGGAUCUGCAAACAACACAAUCGAACGACGUCAAAGUAUAUUCUACACAAAAACAGAACAACAAACAGACGAGGCGUCAUCAGUGAUGAAUUCCCCUCCAAUAGUGAUAUUGGAUCAAAAAUUCAACGGAGUUAGCAGCAAAAAUGCAGGAAUUAACGAGAUAAAAGCUAAAGACGCGAAUCAAUUAACGACGAACAACACGAUAACCUUGAAUGGCACUCAUCUCCUUGAAUCAUCGACAGAUCCAACCGAGAUGAGUCCCGAAUCGAAAAUCAAGUCGCGACAAAGUUUCUUGCGGAAACGCGUUCAAAACAUCGGCGCACUCGACUACGAGCUCGAACGAAAAUGUCGCGAACAGCAACUUUCCAAAGUCCUUCGGGCACUCCUCUUUGUCGAGUCAAAGCUACGGAGCGAACAAAUGAUCAUCAGGAAGCAACUUUGCGAGAAGGACGAUGUGAUAAAUCGACAAAUGUGCACAAUACGAAAUCUAAAGCGGAAAUACGGCGAUACGGAAGAGAACGACGAAAAGGUUGGAGAUGCGGCGCAAUUUUGUCCCAAAUGUCGAAAAAACUACUAUUUGUACGAAACGAAGUCAGUUGGAGUUCAAGUAGCAACAGAUUCAUCGGAAAAUGAGGAGUUAAAUAAUGAAAACUCCUCCAUCCAAAGCGUCGAAUACAUGUCAUCGAGCGAAGAAGCCGAUUCCUUCAAUUCCUUCCUCGGUGCUCGUCGAAGUCGCAAAUACACAAGUAAACGUUCCUUCAAAGACUUUUUCGCGGGAAAAGCCAAUUCGACGCGCGACAUGAGCAGUUCCGAGCGCAGCUUUUAUUCGGAAGCGACAAACAAGCAAGACAGUGAUAAGGAGAACAAUCUUUCGGAAUCGAAUUACGGUUCAACGGGCACCGAAAGUGUUUAUAGCAACUUUAUCAAUAACAUGCAUGGCAUCAAGUCACCCGUUAUUAGUCCUGUGAAGUCAAUUUUGAAUGAGACUUUUAGUUCGAAUGCGAGCAGCAAAAGUAACGGCUUUGAUGAGACUGUAAUUUAUGGAAAUUCUGAGACAAAUGAUGCGAAAAAGAGUGAAAAUGAGGACUGUGAUGCUAGUCAGAAGUACACGAAAGACAUGGAAGUCAAACAAGGGGUUGAACUAUCGGAAGAUUGGUAUGCGAGUAAUAGCGAUAUGGAAGAAAACGGGACAGAAAAUGGAUUUAGCAAAGUUUAUGGGCAGUCCGCGGGUAAUCCUGUGCUUGAUUGUGUGAAUCAGAUCCUUCUUCAAGCCAACAACGAUGACUUAAAUGACAAGGAUGAUGCACCAAUAACUCCUUCUCGUACCCCAUCAACGCCUCGUUCAAAACGCGUACAUUUUUCCAACCAAAAUACCAUCCAUACAUCGCCGUCACAAAUUGCCUCACGUGCCCCUUAUCCCAUCAUGGAACAAGAUGAGCAACAAAAUCACUUUCAUUACGAUGUCCCAUUGAACUACACGAACGACUAUGAACAACUUGGGUCGCAACUCAGUAGUUCGAAUCAUUAUGUCGAUAUGGAAUCCAAAAUGAGUUCCGAGGAAGCUCUCGAAGCUUUGGAUAAAGAAAUGAUCAAACGCGGCAUCAAAACUCCUCCAGCUUUACCGCCAAAGCCUGCCAACUUGAUUCGUUUACAGAAACAACUUUGCGCGCGUUCUCCAAGAAUCGUUUUGCGAUCUCCGGCGAGUGUUAAAGGAAGUCCCUCGACCAUCGAUGGCUCCGAACCGGACUAUUGCUCAAUUUCUGACGUAAAAGAGACAAAAACCGUCCAAAUUGUUGCCGAAAUUCACAAAGAAGAUUGCAGCUUGAACGACUAUUCCUCCGUUCAGAAUGGAAAUCAACCGGAAAACACCGAAAAUGGCAACGAUGACGACAGCGAAGAACUGGAAGAGUCUUUUGAAGAUGUCCCCAAGUUGCCAAUGGUAACGGAAAUCAUCCCACCGAAGAAGAAAGACAUGAACAAGUUCAUUGGCUUGGAUAACUACAUCACGAAAUCGCCUUAUAAGUAUCAAGCGAUCCGCAGUAGUCUCACGAAUCGGCAGAAAAUUGCGCAAAUUCUCGCGGAAAUAACCAAAACAUCGCCGUCGAAUCGUACAGCGUCGCCAGCUACAACGCCAACGUACGACAGUCCCGUAAAUCAUCCCGCUGUGAGUCCCUUAUCGGAUCAAAACCCGGAUUCGCAAUCGAGCAACAACGAACACAAAUCCGCCUUUGAUUGGUACAUCAAAGAAACGGUGUCAAAACGUCCCAGUAUUAUUCAUGAGGAGCCUUCGAACCCCGAGGAACAGGAAAAUGACGAGAAUCAACAACAAAAUGACGCGGAAAAGGUCGAAAGACCCUCAGAUCCCAUCACGCAAGAUCCGAUUUUCUACAGCGGCGACGAAGCAGAGGAAUUUCGAAAGGGAAAAGCGAAACAAGCGUUGUUCAAAAACAUGAUCGCACUCGCGGAAACUCCCGCAAAGCUCAAAGGUGAUAAAAACUACCAAUUUUUCUUGGAGAAUUCGGGUCUCAGUUCGAAACCCAUUUUGCCGCGCAAGAAGAGAAUGUACUAUACGGGACCUUUUGUGUGAAAAUUUUUAUCUUGCCACGCAUUUGCAACGAAUUUAAGUUUUAAUCAGUCAUUUUCUCUGCUUUUAUUGCUCAUUUAAUGCUUUUAUCCCCCCUUUGAUGUUAAUUAAAAUUUUCCUGCUUUCUUAAAUAAUUAAACAAAAAAUAUUUUAAUUACUAUCAAAAAGUAUUGCUAUUAAAAUUAAGCCCAGAAAUAUUUAUUGUAACAAAAAGGACAUCAAAAAUUAAUGAAUUGAGUGAAAA